GCUGACCCUGUUGAGGCUCAUGGCGGUGUGGAGGCCUGAGACAGGAGCCGCUUGCUGCCCUGGUGUCCGCAGAGCCCCUGAGGGCUGCCCUGCCGCCCUGGCCCACUAGCUGGCCUCAUCCCCUGAGGGACCCGCGCUUCCACCCGCCCUCUCAGGCCGCUUCUCCCCGCAGAAGCCUUCUGGGUUGGAGUCCUGGGUGCUGGCCUUGACCGCAGCUCAGGGGGUAGGGCCCCCAACUCCGUGUUACCGAACUGACAGCCCACAGUGUGCAAAUGUCCAGGCCUCAAAAGAUUGUGCUAAGGCUCCCUCAGAAUGAAGCUCACCUCUGAGGGCUCAGAGAAGUAUAUGAACAACUUGGAUUUCCUGCUUCAGGAGAAGAGGGAACAGGCCCUGGAACAGGAACGAGAGAAGCAGCUCCUGCAGAACUGUCUGAAUCUGAACUCCUUAGCUCUCAAGGAAGACCAAGUGCCAUUGACGCCCGAGCACAGGAUGCUGGUGGAGAAGUUCUCCGUGUCAGUGCAGGUCAUCCCAUCAGUGCAUCCAGGAGAGAAAGUGUUCCUGUCCGGGCAUCACCCUCUGCCAUGUGCCUUGGGCACCUCAAAAAUGGAACCACACAACCACCUGGAAGGACUCUUCCUCAGCUCCCCGCCGGCCCAGCAGCUGUCCUUUCUACACAGUGGCCUGCUGAGCAACCUCUACCUGCACAGAAGUGACUGCCCAGUGCCCCUGCUGCGCUGGCUGUUCCAGCUUCUGACAUGGCCUCCAGAAACUUCUUCAAGAGCCUUUGACCUUCUCUGGGAUCUCAGUGUGGAUGGGCUCUUCUGUCAGUCCGAUGAAGACAUGCACUUGUGGUGCCCAUCACUGCAGGAGGUAACAGAGGUGUUCCACAGCCUGGGAGCUGACAGCCCUGCCCUGAACCCAAUGGAGCCCUACCAGCACAGUGACCAGGUGCCUGAAAAUGAGGCCAAUUUGAGCUGGCAGGUGGACCCCCCUCAGGAGGCAACCUUGGACAUAAGCCUGAGUUAUAUCCAUAAGUUCCUCACACUGUGUGCCCUUGCGAAGCCAGGGGCCUACACAGAUGGGAGCCUCCUAGGCCUGAUCGAGCUCCUGUGCCAUGCCGGCCUAGACAUGGGGCUCUGCCUGCAGCCCAAGACUGACCUCCAGCAGCUCCUGCUACUGCUCCUAGAGAACAUCCGAGACUGGCCAGGGAAGCUGCAGCAGCUGUGCUCCUCCCUGAGCUGGGUGUCCGACCACCACCACAACCUGCUGGCACUAGUACAGCUCUUCCUGGACGUGACCUCCCGGAGCAGGCAGCUUCGCAGCCAGCUGAGCCUCACAGUCAUUGCCCGAAUGCUUGGCAAGCAAGAGAUGCUCCCGCUCUGGCAAGAGAAGACCCAGCUGUCCUUACUCAGCCGGCUCCUGGGCUUCAUGAGGCCAUCAUCCCUCAGGCAGCACCUGGGCUCGGAGCCCUUGCCACCCUGCCAGGAGCAACAGCCAAAGACCAAUGCUGAGCUAGACCACAAGGUCUGCUACCUGUGCCAUAGCCUGCUGACCCUGGCUGGGGUGGUAGUCAGCAGUCAGGACAUCACUCCAAACCAGUGGGGAGAACUGCAGCUGCUGUGCGUGCAGUUGGACCGCCACAUCAGCACCCAUAUCCGUGAGAGCCCCCGGGCCAUGCAUAGGACCAACCUCAAGGAUCUGGCCACCCAGACCUACAUCCGCUGGCAGGAGCUGCUGGCCCACUGCCAGCCCCAGGCCCAGUACUUCAGUCCCUGGAAGGACAAGGACACGAAAAGGGGCAAGGGCAGCCCGGGGUUCGGGGCCUGCAGGAGGUGAGAGUCAAGGCCAAAGGAGGCCCAGAGGCUGACCAUCCUGAUGGAGCAAGAUGAAGCAAGAUCCCAUCCUGCCCCUAUCCCCUACCCCAGCCCCCACCUGCCUCCCACCCAGCAAGGGCAGGACUUCUGCCCACCUGGCCCUCCCUCCCCAUCAGCUGCUCUUCCCCCAAGGCCUUUGUCUAUAUGGCUCUGGUUUCCUGAGGCCUCCUCAGUCCUCCCCGCCCUCCUCUCUCCCUGUCACUAAUGUGAGGUUUCUUUGUGCACAUUAAAGUCUUAUUUCAGCAUCAGC